AUGCGAUGGGCGGGGCGGGUGAAAUUUGAACUGAUGGCGGCGGAGCUCAGUUGUCGGUGAUGUGCACGGUGCACGGUCGCCUCGCUGUUUUGUCCGGCUUCGGCAGCAGGACUCGGAAGGCUUAGCGGAGGCGGCGGAGCUUGGACCCUCCUGUCAACCAUGGACCCACGUCGCAAGGCGAAGGCCCCGAGGAGACGGCCCUCCAGCCCGGUGCCCGGACCCUCGCGGCCAGACCCGAGCCCCCGCCGCCCGUCGAGGACCCCGACGAGGCGACCCUCCAGCCCGGUCCCCGGACCCUCGCGACCGAGCAGCAUCCGUCAAGGCGCGUCCAGUCUACGCCGAAGGCGGAAAUUUCUGUGGCUGAAGGAAGUGCAGAAACUGCAGAAGAGCACAGACCUCCUGCUGAGGAGACAGCCUUUCAGCCGUGUUGUUAGAGAAAUCUGUCAGAAAUUCACUCGCGGUGUGGACUUCUGUUGGCAAGCCCACGCCUUGUUGGCCCUUCAAGAGGCAGCAGAAGCGUUUCUAGUGCACCUCUUCGAGGACGCCUAUCUCCUCACCUUACACGCUCGCAGAGUCACCCUCUUCCCCAAGGACGUGCAGCUGGCCAGGAGGAUCCGAGGCAUCGAGGGAGGGCUGGGCUGAGCCGGCAGAGCCCUGUGUCUAGUCAACACCUGGGACCAUCUGGAGCCACAACUAGACCAGUGAUGUCUGAGGAGCUGCCUGGAGUUAGCGGGUUUUGAACAGCAUGCACACGUUGCCCUUUAAACUUUCUUUCUAAAGUAGAAGACCGUGUGGCGUUUCUCUGUGACCGAGAGACAAAAGGCCAUCUGCACACGUCCAUGGACAUGACUGUUUGCAGACCAAAGGUCAGCUUUGGCUUGUGAACUGCUCGACCGUUUGACUGUUUAAGGGUUUCGGACACGUAAGAUCUGCUGUGUUAGGAGGGGUUGUUGUUAUUUUAGUCUUUCUGUGCUGUGUGCAUCUUUUCCCGUUUGUGUAUUUGUGCUUUUGUUUAAACUAUAAGGGAGAAAAAUCUGGGUACAAGGCUUGAAUCUGUUGUAUGGAAAACCCUGGCAGUUCCUCCAUAGAGGAUUGAUUUCAUCAGUAGUGCCUGUCAGCAAACAUGCAGCUUUUCAAAACUUAACUAGAAUUGAAUACAAAUCUCUUCUGCCUUCCCUUUAAUGCUAGGGCUUGAAUCCAACAUUUUGUACAUGCUAAGCAUAGACUAUACUGUUGAGCUACAGCCACAGCCUGAAGUGUACAGUCUUUCUGUUUCCUACGAGUAAACUCAUCAAAAUCAUCCAGAGUCCCUCAUAGAACUGGACAUUUUAGUCUUAGCUGUAAAUCAUAUAAAAUGUAUCAUAUCAGUCUGGGGUUUUAAACUGCGUUUUUGGUAUUUUUACAGGUAUUUCUUUUUAGCUUAUUUGGAGAGAAAUAACAAAAAAAGUUUCUUAAUAAAAAAAUUAAAAUGAA